AGGCCUUCGCCCGCUGCAUCCAGAGGACCUUCGGCCACAGGGUCAGGAUGCUUCGGCGUGGGCUUUCCACGGACGGGUGCCCCUACAGCUUCGACCUCAAGAUGAUGAGCCGAAUGUGCUCCAGGUGUGGGGUGCAAGUCGACACCCGCUGCCUUUUCCGCGCCCUCGACGCAGAUGGCGAUGGGAGCGUGUCUCUGGAGGAGUUCUGCCCGAGGCGCGGGCAGGUCCUGGCGCGCUUCCGGGCGUGGGCCCAGGCCGGUCCGCAGGCGAAGCUCGCCUUCCAGAAGGAGCGCACCGACGCGCAGCCCCCCGCGGACUGGCGGCUCGCGACCCACGAGGAGGUGAAGAGGAACCUGGACGAGGUCCGGGAGAAGCUCGGGCAGUGGGAUGUUUGCGCGCUGGCCAACAAUUGGAAGGUCGACGGUCCGGGCUACGGCUGCAACGUCACGAAGCAGGGGCUCGACGAGGUUCUGGAGGACGCCAUCUUUGUGAAGGCGAAGCUCAUUUUCCAGAAGGAGAGCUGCGACGCACAGCUCCCCGCGGACUGGCGGCUCGCGACCCACGACGAGGUGAAGAGGAACCUGGACGAGGUCCAGGAUAAGCUCGGGCAGUGGGAUACCUGCAUGUUGGCCGACAACUGGAAGGUCGAUGGGCGGGGCUUCGGCUGCAGCGUCACGAAGCAGUGGCGCGACGAGCGCUUGGAGGACGCCAUCUUCGUGAAGGUUAACAGCUGCGCAGCGCUCUGGGACCUCAGGGUGGCUGUGGAGCGGCGCCUCGGCUCGAAGGCCGACCGCAAAUUUAAUGGCAACUCGGUGCGGACGAUGACGAUCGCGGCCUUCCGGGACACCCUGAAGGCCGUCGGUGCCCCUGUGGCGUUCGACAAGGCUUCGGCUCGUCUUCCCCGGGAUCGGCGUCGCAUCCCGAGCCGUUCUUCGACGGAGGCCCGGGCGUUGCUGCUGACGUCGCUGGACCUCCAGGGCUGUGGCUUCAUCACCCGGGCCGACCUGGAGUGGCUGGACGGCUGGGAGGCCCCCAGGUGGCUCUGCGCCAAGCCGAACCAGCAGGCAUGGGAGGAUCUGCGUGCGGAACUGAUCCGGCGCUUCGACGGCGUCCUGUUGAAAGCGUGGCGGGGACUCAUGGACAAGGACAACUCCAACCGCCUCUCCUGGCCCGAGUUCUGCGACGCCUGCGAGGAGAUUGGCUUCGACGGCGACGUCGCGGGGGCCUGGUGCUACCUGGACGACGACCUGUCCGGCUUCAUCUCCAUGCGCGAGUUCGACGGCGAGAGCGCCGCGCUCCUCGAGUCGUUCAAGGAG